GAGGUGGUUGCUUUGGUGAGUUUUUUUGUGUAAGCAUGUAUCUAGUGGUAGGGGUGGGGGGGGGGGGGGGGGGGGGGGGGGGGGGGGGGGGGGGGGGGGGGGGGGGGGGGGGGGCUCAGCCCCCUCUGAGGGACCUUUGAGCCCCGGUUGGCAAAUAAAAUACAUGGUUUAAAAAUUUUCCUGGGGGGGGGGGGGGGGGGCUCAGCCCACCCCUGGCUCCGCCACUAUCUCAAAAUAUAUGUCUCUGAAAUAAAAAAAUGUUUGUGCGAUAUCUGCGUGUUUCAUUUAUACAUAUUUAGAUUUACGUAAUCAUAUGAAAUCUAAUAAAAUAUUUUCAUGAAUUUUUAAUGUAUUCAUUGUUUAGAUGAAACUUUAAUUCAUAUCUUGAAAGACCAAAUUUCAUCACUUGUUAUCGACAGUAGUACAAAUGAAAUCCAACGUUUACCAGCAGAUAAUAAUACAACUAUGUUUACGUAUAUAUUUACUACGUUUACUAAUUUACAAUUUUUAAAUUUUGGUGCAUCGCUAUUGUAUCAUCAACGAUUAUCAUUUUGCACUUCACCUCUAACUAUUAUCUCUACAAAUCUAUUAAAAUUACAUGUCUAUUUGGCGGAUUUUAGUGAUUGUCUUUAUUUACUUGAUGGUCGUUUCAAUCAACUUCAUACGCUUUCUGCUAAUAUUUUUUUCAUUGCCUCUUCAAGUCUAACAAUCAAUAAUACGAAAAAACUACCUACUUUAAAAUGCUUUUCGCUGCAGUGUGAUAUUAAAACAUGUGCUUAUGAUGAAUUAAUUUUACCACUUCUACAUCGAAUGCUGUAUUUAGAAAAACUUAAUUUGUGUCUGAUAAUCAGUGAAAGAAAAACAUUUUUUGAUGGUAAUGAUUUGAAGAUAAAUAUUAUUAAUCAUAUGUCACGAUUAAACAAAUUCACGUUUAAUCUUCACUCAUCAAGUUGUUUUUAUGAUCAAAUUAAUUUACCAUCGAAUGAAGAUAUUCAAAAGACAUUUAGAGAUUUCAACAACAAAAUUGUCUAUUGUGUUGAUUAUUUUCCAAAGGCAAAUUAUGGUCAAUGUCAUAUUUAUUCAUAUCCAUAUAAACUGAACUAUUACGAUAAUAUAACAAAUAAUUUUCCAGGUGGAAUAUUUACAUGUGUUCGUAAAGUGUCACUAUUUGACGAACAUCCUUUUGAACAUGAAUUCUUUCUUCGAAUUGCUCAAUCAUUUCCAUUGAUGGAAGAGUUAACUGUAAAUAAUCAAAAACGACAAAUUAAUAAACGAUUUAGAAAAUCAAAGAAUGAAAAUCAAGAUUUACCAAUCAUUAAAUAUCAUUAUCUUAAAAAGCUUAAUCUUACUAAUAAUUGCAAAGAUUAUUAUGAACAGUUCUUACUCGAUACCAAAACGUGUUUACCAGUUGGCGUUAGUAUUGAUAUGAAUUAUGAACUAGUGAAAAAAGUGACACGCAAUUUUCGAAGAAACACAACACGAAGUAAUUGUGCGAAGCUGAAAUACGUAUGGUUACAUCGAAAACUAGAGUUUCCUGGAUAUUCAAACAACUUUGUUCCUAGAAAAAUACCACUUUCUGAUCAUGUAAAAGACUAUUUUCCUCAUGCGAUAGUAGACUGAUUAUUAACAAUUUCUUAUUUAAAUAAAACAUGAACAAAAGCAGAUUGGUUUAAAUAGAAUCAAAGCAUUGAAAUAGAGAUAGAAGUCAUUAAGAAUAAUGGUUGAAAAUAAGUAUUGCAUGGUACAUUGUUACAAAUGAAAAUAUGCUAUCUGUCUCUGUAUACACUUCAGAAAAAAAUAAAAUAAAAUUACAAUUAAAAAGCAAAUAUGUCAUAACAAAUAGUAUAGAAAGCAUUUUUUGUGAAAAUAAUAUUAACAAUGGAUCAAGCAACUGCAAUCUAUUUUAGAAAUAAAUAGUUUGUACAAUUAAAGUUUGAUCAAAUCAAAAAAGUUUUGGUAUAGAAGUGCUUAUUAUCGGAGCUAACAGAGACGAAUCUGUUUAAAUAACACUCAUGAAUUAUGAGUACAAAAUGAAAAUUACAAUGUCUGACAUUUCUUUCUGACGCACUGAUACAUUACAGCCAACAUUAUCGUUCUAUUAGCGAGAGCCGGUGCGUACUGCACGGCUGUUUUCUCCUUUACUGUAUGACCUAAGACGUUUAACUUUUCAUUCAGGAACAGACAUACAAGCACAUAUUAUUAUGUAUAUAGAUAAAUAGCCCUACGGCCUCAUACUCUUAUAUCGUACAUAUUUUUACAGUUCAUCUCAUGUAAAAAAAAUAAUCAAAUAAUCGAUUAUAAAUCGAUUAUAAUCAUACGAUUUUAAUCAAUAAUUUAAGCAGUAAUAAUCAUAGCAAAAUCAGAUUUUAAUCGAUUGUUCAAAUUAUUCUGAUUAUAAUCGAUUUAGAAUAUUUUUAAAAAUCGAUUAUAAUCAGAAUAAUUGAAAUAAUCGAUUAAAAUCUGAUUUUUCUAUGAUUAUUACUGCUUAAAUUAUUGAUUAAAAUCGUAUGAUUAAAAUCGAUUUUUAAUCGUUUACGUGAUUUUUUGAACAAAAUUUUUUUACAUGGGAUGUAGCCAUCGGCCUUGUAGUCUUGUAUUCCUUGUAGCUAUGGUAGCCUUAUUGCCUUACAACUGAUUGCUGUAGUUUCUUGAAAACCUGUGGCAACCCCCAUAUUAUAGCUCUUCGUGUUCUAUAGAUAUACCAUAUAUAAUAGCCGUUGAGGACAUAGAGAUACCACGUAUAAUAACUCUUGAGAACCUAUGGAUACUUUAUAUAAUAGCCCUUGAGGACUUAUAUGUGCCCCAUAUAAUAGCUUUUAAGUACCUAUAGAUACCCUCUUAUAAUAACUAUUGAGGACCUAUGGGUACCUCCAUAUGAUAGCUAUUGAGGUCCUAUAGAUACGCCCAUAUAAUAGCCGUUGAGGAUCUUCCCCUUAUAGUCUUAUUUGACCUUUAACCUUUGAACCGGCAGAGACACAUACACACACACAGACAGACACUGAACAUUAUAUAUAUAGAUUGCAAAAUAUAUUUCUGCAAAAGAUCGAACUUCAAAACGUCUCUAGUGUUAGUGGAAGAAUAUGUAUUGACAUAUCGUCAAAGUGCCUAAAGUCUAAUGUAACCCUCUUAUUAUAAUGAGUAAGAGUUCGAGUAAUGCUAUUCUUUUAGUUUGUCAUAUGACCAUCCAUAGGACGACAUCAUUUUCUUGACAUAACUAUCUAAUUUUAUGAUAAUGUGUUCUAUCGGUUUAUGUUUCUCGAAUUUAGUUCUAAUUAUUUAUGUUGAAAGUACUUGCGAAAAUAAAGAUGCUCAGUAUAUUUAAGUCAAUGAGCUUUCUGUAGCUGUAUGGACAAAGAGAAAUGAUGACUGAAUACAUAGAGGUAACGACACGUGUAUCAUACAGUGUUCAAUACUAUCAUGAGUAACACAAAUACAAGACAUUUUAUUGUUAUAUGAUCUGUAAAUAAUAAGUUUUGUAUUAUCUUGUUCAAUUUAUUUCUUUAUUAAUAUGAAAAGAUAUUAAAACAAAUGUUGAAAAAUAUUCUCAACUUGUCAUAUAAAAGGAUGUGAGACAAUGUCAUCUUCUUGACUUCUACAUCGAAUAGAAGAUGCAGAAAUAUGAUUGAAAUUCGAGUAAAUAGAAAAUCGACUGUAAUUUAAAAUAAAAAAAAUUAUUGCAAAAAAGUUCGUCAAAAAAUAUGACAAAGAUUAAUGGAAUACCUUCCUUGAGUUUGUGUAUUUCUAAUAUGACAAUAUUAUUCAUAAUAAUGAUUUUGUUUCAAUAAAUAUUUUCAGUUUUUAUUUUAUUUUGCAAAGAUUUUUGUAAUUUUUGAGAAAUAAAGAUUUAACACGUUGGCUAGCGCUUCAACACUUAAUAUAACAACACAAAUAACUGGUAUUAUUGAACGUGUAUUAGCAAAAAACAUUAUCAUUAAUGAUGGAAUAAUUUAAAAAAUAAUCCACAUGAUUGAAACAGAUCCACCAACAAUUAAAAAAACGACUUAUACGAGGUUCAAUUAGACCAUAUAAUAGACCACAAUAACCAACACCUAUAACAAGCAUACUGAUUGGAAUAGAUAGCAUUAAUAUAAGGAUUACUACACCGGAUAUUGAUGCUGCUGCAGCUUCAGCAAUAACAUAACGAACCCAUAGAUCAGAUGGCUUAAUGUCAGAAGAACGAAGUGAACGAUUAAAUGGAUUUGUUGAAAUCGAAUUUAAAGUAAUGGUUGUUCCAUUUUAUUCAUUAUUGAUCGUAAUGAUGUAUAAAAUAACUCGAUCUCUCUCUGUACUUUUUUUUCAAAGUGAAAGAACGACAAAGAAUGACAAUACUUGAAAAGAGAAUCUAAAAAAUAUUCUAGCAUAUGCUCACAUGAACUUAUAAUACCUUUCUUUACCUAGGGCAUAGGACAUGAGUCAAGAGACCUAACAAUUUCUCUUCAAGUUUUUAUGUUUUUUUCCUUUUCUGGUAGUUUUUGUUAUUUCCUUUGUCUUAUAUUUCCGUAGAUUUAUUUAUUUGAGCAAAUACAUCGUUGAAAACUCACAAAGUGAAAGAACGAGAAAAAAAAGAAAAUAUAGAUCAAUUCAAGUAAUAUAUACUUUUCAUUCAAAAAGACCAAGAUCGAACACGAUUGAAUAGUUAAAAAAAAGUUCUAUUAAUGUAAGAGAAUGCAAUAAUAGCAUAUGUCAUUUGUGCUUUAUAACGAAUAGUUUUUUUUCUUCAUCAUACAGAAUAUAUCUGGUUAAGGUCAUUAUUAAGAUUUAUUCACCUUUAUAUUGAAGUGUGCUAGAGCUACUGUACAUCUUUUGUUGAUAUAAGACACUAUAUUUACGACGAGUUGAAGAAAUGAAAUUUCGAUAGUAUAACUAAUUUAAAAUAAUAAAUUAAAUUAUCAAACUUUUUAUUUGAGGCUUAAAUGAGUCCUUAUAUAAUAUCUUUUGGUCAAAAAGCUAUUCAGAUCAUUGACAUAGAGGCAAUCAUUAAUUGAUCUGGAUCAUCGAAAAAGAACGUAACAAAAAGAAUAUAAAUUUAACAUUUCGAAUUUUAUAUUGUUAUCUUUAAAUUUUUUGAAUCUCGAAUCAAGGCAUAAUAACGAUGACAUCUCACUAGGGUGUGGGUGUGGGUGUGGGUGUGGGUGUGGGUGUGGGUGUGGGUGUGGGUGUGGGUAUAUGUCUCCCUUUCUGCAGCAUCCACACCCACACACCCACCCACACCCACACCCACACCCACACACCCACCCACACCCACACCCACACCCACACCCAUGUUUACUGAACUGACAUACAGUGAAUCAUGAUUUUAACAAUAAAUCAAAGAGAAAAAGACAUGUUACACGAAAAUCAGCAUGAUAUGUUCAAGAUAAUAGUAGAAGUAGCUAAUACUCUAGCUAUUGACCAACACCAAGUAAACUCUCAUAGUUGCCCAGUCAAGUUUUUUGUAUUAUAAGACUGAGCCAGAGUUGAAAAUUCGGACUCAUUUAAUUUUCUUGCAUAAAACGUAAAAUCAUCAAUUUCUCCAUACAUCUUUGUAUAAUUAAAUAUUGGAAGUCUUGCAAAGCAUUUCAUCUGUUCAAAAUUAUCAGGCUUGUUCUGUGUAGAGUCAUCCAAGUAUGCGCCACCAAUAGUUACAGAAAAUCGUGGAUCACCAAAUAUGAUCGAUCCAUAGCGUUGUUUCGUGUCUUUAUAAAUCAGCUUGCCAUUUUCAUAAAAUAAAUAUGUGUCUGGGCUCUCAAAUGC